UUUCCUCUUCAAACCGUCUCUUUCUUUCACACUCUCACUCCCACACUCACUGGUUCGCCUCUUCACAAUCAAGAAAUGUCGCCACCACCGACGCUAACGCCGUUGCUCCUCCUCCUCCUCCUAUUCACACCACCCCUCCUCUCCCACUCGCCUUCUUCUUCUUCUUCUUCUGCGAUAACCUUCACCGACUCCCCCUCAAUCUACGAAUGGCAGUCCGCUCGCGCCACCUACUACGCCGCCUCCGACCCUCGCGACGCGGUUGGCGGCGCGUGCGGCUACGGCGACCUGACGAAGGCCGGUUUCGGAAUGGCGACGGUGGGGCUGAGCGAGUCGCUGUUCGAGCGUGGCCAGAUCUGCGGCGCGUGCUUCGAGGUCCGCUGCGUCGAGGACAUGCGGUGGUGCAUUCCCGGAACCUCCAUCAUUUUGACGGCCACGAACUUCUGCGCUCCCAACUAUGGCUUCACCGCCGAGGGUGGGGGCCACUGUAACCCUCCGAAUAAGCACUUGGUCCUCCCGAUUGAGGCCUUUGAGAAGAUCGCCAUCUGGAAAGCUGGUAAUAUGCCCGUCCAGUAUCGCAGGAUAAAGUGUAGAAAGGAAGGAGGAGUUCGUUUUACUGUAGAUGGGUCUAGUAUCUUUAUUUCAGUGCUGAUCAGCAAUGUUGCCGGCACUGGAGACAUAACUGCAGUGAAGAUCAAGGGUUCAAGAACUGGUUGGCUUCCAAUGGGACGAAAUUGGGGUCAAAACUGGCAUAUAAAUGCUGAUUUGAAGAAUCAGCCUCUUUCUUUUGAGGUCACUAGCAGCGAUGGGAAGACAGUUACAUCUUACAACGUCGCUCCCAAGAAUUGGAACUUCGGGCAGACUUUUGAAGGGAAGCAGUUUGAGUCUUGAAAAAAUCACCAUGUAGGAGAAAUAGUGAAAAAGCAAUUAUUUUCUUGAUGUUGCCCAUUUUAUGUUUCCUUUUUCCGGGGAAAAUAGUUGUUAGAUUGCAAAUGAUGAUAUUUUGUACAAAGAUGUAUGUGAAAGCCCUGAGAUGCUUGAGGUCUUAAGGUUGCUUAGACCGAAGUCGUGUGAAGAAUUGGAAUCUUUUUGCAGAAAGCAUGCCUUAAUAUAGAUUCGCAAGCUAUGUCAA